UUGCAGAUUUUUCCCUUGCCAAAUUUUUAAGGAACACUAGCGUAAGCCAUAUCACCAGUAUAUUAAAAGGAACUAACAUAUAUGCGGAUCCAGAAUUCGGUGAUACUCAAAGAGUUUCAGAGAAGUCGGAUGUUUAUUCUUUUGGCGUUGUGCUUCUAGAACUAAUAAGUGGGAGAAAACUUAUAGAUAAAAAUAUUGAUAUCGUGACUUGGGCAAGGACUCAAAUUGAAAAAGUUUUGGGUAAUGGAGAAUACAGAGCUCUAGUUGCCACCAUAUUACAGAGUUAUAACAUGGAGAAAAUCGAACAAAUAAUUACAGCUCUUGUGGAUCCUAAAUUGAUGGAAAAUUAUAAUAAAGAGGAAAUAAAACGCAUGAUAUUUUGUGCUAUGGCUUGUAUAAAUAAGAACUCAAAGUAUCGCCCACGAAUGCAAAAGAUAGUUGGAGUUCUUAAAGGAACAAUCACACCUCCAAGGAAGAUAUUGGAUUGGGAAGAUAACAAAUCCCUAUACAGGAACAAUAAUGGCAAUUUCCUCCGGCCCACAGUAAAGAAGCUUUCAAUCAUUUCGAAAAUUGAUGAUGAAGACAUUGUGGGGAUUCGACUUUAUGUAUUUACUUACAAAAAACUUGAAAAUGCAACCGACUGUUUCUCCAAGAAUAAGCUUCUUAGCAAGGGUCGUUUUGGUGAAGUAUACAUUGGAUACAUAGAUUUUACAAUAGUGACGAUUAAGAAAUUUAGUUCCAUAGAUAUUAGUGGAAAGCAAGAAGAUGUGUUCGAAGAGAUUAAAGAUAUUGGCAGUAGUGUUCAACACAGGAAUCUUGUUAACCUGAUUGGAUACUGCGAUGAUGGAUUCAACAAACUGCUUGUUUAUGAGUUUGUUCAUAAGGAAAGCUCUUUGAGAUGUCAUUUACAUGGAAAUGGGAGAUCAAAUUUAGAUUGGCCAACUAGACUGCAUAUUGCCUUAAGCAUCGCUAGAGGAUUGAUAAAACUACAGGAUACUCUUUGGAAAAUAUAUGAGGAUUACAACGAUGAUUGUAUUUUUCUGGGUGAUAAUUUUGAGCCAAAGUUUGCAGAGUAUGGACAUAUUCAUUUUUUCUCAAAGUCCGCUACUUCUUCCUCUACGAGCUCUUGGCCUUCUAUACAUGAUGCGGACCAUACUUAUUUCUUUGGUUUAGUUCUUCUAGAGUUGAUUACUGGAAAACAACCUGUCCAUGAUAUAAUUAACUGGGCAAUGCCACUGCUCGCAAGCAGUCUAAGAAAUGGCGAAGGGAAAAACAGUUUUGUGGAUGACAAAUUAAAGGAUUAUGACAAUGAAGAAAUGCAUAGAAUGAUUGCUUGUGCUUUAGCAUGUCUACGCAAAAUGCCUCCUUAUCCACCACAAAUGAAUGAGGUGAUUGAAGUUCUCAAAGGGCAUAGGAGUUUGGAAACUCUAGAUGCUCUUGGUGAAGUGUACAGCUGGACCGCAAUCUUCUCUUCAUUUGCUAUUCAAGGCUAA